GAGGAGGAGCUUGCAGCGAUAAGAUUCACUCCACGCGCUGUUGGCAUCAAAACUUGCAGUCUCUCCAUCCGUCCUCAUCUCUCUCCAGCGCACUUGUUUUUUUGCAAUCACACACGCACGCACUGGCGUUUUAAUAUUUGUUCCCCCCCGUUGGACGGUGCACAGGUGCAUCCCUCGGCCAUUGCUCGCUCUCUGCUUACUUGAUUAUGGUCACAACCCCUGCGGUGCCAAGGUGGAGUCACCGCGCGUAUCUCGGAUCGGUGCGCUUCUCCAGGGGCUGGGAUGCGCACCGGGCACCUCCCGCUUCCUGCCGAGUUUCGGCUCUACCCAGGAGUCAAGCGCUGCCCCGGGGCGCCGAGGCAGGAGGACCCAGUCGACCCGGAGCAGGAUGCCGGUGAUGAGAGGGCUGCUCGCCCCACAAAACACCUUCCUGGACACGAUCGCGACCCGCUUCGAUGGCACCCACAGCAACUUUGUUCUGGGAAACGCCCAGGUUCAGUCGCUCUACCCCAUCGUCUACUGCUCUGACGGUUUCUGCGAGCUCACCGGCUACGCCCGCGCCGAGCUCAUGCAGAAGAGUUGCGCUUGCCACUUCCUGUACGGCCCCGAAACGAGCGACAAGUCCACGGCCCAGAUCCAAGGAGCCCUGAUUGAGAGGAAGGAGUUCAAGACAGAGUUGGUUUUCUACAAGAAGGAAGGAACACAGUUCUGGUGUCUUCUCGACAUCGUACCCAUCAAGAAUGAAAAGGGGGAGGUGGUUCUGUUCCUCGUGUCGCACAAAGACAUCAGCGACAAGAAGAAGGACACGGAGCAAGGACCUGACACAGACGAGGAGACGGGUCUGGAGGUGCAUCAGGUUACUCGCCCUCCAGGCUUCAACGCUAACCGGCGCCGCAGCAGAGCAGUUCUCUAUCACCUGUCGGGACACCUGCAGAAACAAGACAAGGGCAAACUCAAGAUCAACAAUAACAUGUUCGGAGACAAGCCUCCGAUCCCAGAGUACAAGGUAGCAGCCAUCCAGAAAUCUCGCUUCAUCUUGCUCCACUAUGGAACCUUCAAGGCCGGCUGGGAUUGGUUAAUUCUGCUGGCGACGUUCUACGUGGCCGUCACCGUGCCCUAUAACGUGUGUUUCACUGUGGUGGGGGGGCGGGAUGAAGGGAGCAGCACUGCCCCACGGAGUCCGCCCAGCGUCAGCGACAUCCUCGUAGAGAUCCUGUUUAUUUUGGACAUUUUGCUGAACUUCCGAACUACUUUUGUGAGCACGUCGGGUCAGGUGGUGUACGACGCCCGCUCCAUUUGCGUCCACUACGUCACCACGUGGCUCUUUGUUGAUCUCAUCGCCGCCCUGCCCUUUGAUCUGCUUUACGCUUUCAACGUCAGCGUGUACUUUGGAGUCCACCUGUUGAAGACGGUCCGGCUGCUCCGGUUGCUGCGGCUGCUGCAGAAGCUGGAGCGAUACUCCCAGUACAGCGCCGUGGUUCUCACUCUGCUGAUGUCCAUGUUCGCCCUGCUGGCCCAUUGGAUGGCCUGCGUCUGGUACUUCAUCGGGCGCAAGGAGAUCGAAAGUCCCGGCUCCUGGGAUAUUGGUUGGCUCCAUGAGCUGGCCAAGCGUCUUGGGUCCCCCUACGUCCUGUCGACGCUGGUCCCAGCCACAGUCAGCAGCGUCCCGGCCAACAGCAGUCAGUGGAACCUGUCGGAGGUCGGAGGGCAGGACUCCUGGAACUCCAGCCAAAAUUACGGAAACACGUCUGGAGGAGGGGCCGUGGCGGAGACGACCCCCGGAGGCGGGAGUUUCGGGGUGCUGGGUGGCGGCCCGUCGAUGCGUAGCAGCUACGUGACGUCGCUUUACUUUGCUCUGAGCAGUCUCACCAGUGUGGGAUUUGGAAAUGUGUCCGCCAACACGGACUCAGAGAAGAUCUUCUCCAUCUGCACCAUGCUAAUAGGAGCUUUGAUGCACGCGGUGGUGUUUGGCAACGUGACGGCCAUCAUCCAGAGGAUGUACUCGCGCCGCUCGCUCUACCACACCCGCACCAAGGACCUGAAGGACUUCAUCAGGGUCCAUCGGCUUCCCAAGGCCUUGGAGCAGCGCAUGCUGGAGUGUUUCCAGACGACGUGGUCGGUCAACAACGGAAUAGACGUUAGUGAGCUCCUGAAGGACUUCCCAGACGAGCUGAGGGCCGACAUCGCCAUGCAUCUGAACAAGGAGCUGCUCCAGCUGCCGCUGUUUGAAUCGGCAAGCCGGGGCUGUCUGCGCUCUCUCUCCCUCAUCAUCAGGACCUCCUUCUGCGCCCCGGGCGAGUUCCUCAUCCGGCAGGGAGACGCCCUGCAGGCCAUCUACUUCGUCUGCUCGGGCUCCAUGGAGGUUCUGAAAGACAACACUGUGCUGGCCAUACUGGGCAAAGGAGAUCUGAUUGGCUCGGACUCGCUGACGAAGGAGCAGGUGAUCAAGACCAACGCUAACGUCAAGGCUCUGACCUACUGCGACCUGCAGUACAUCAGCCUUAAGGGCCUCCGCGAGGUCCUCCGCCUCUACCCCGAGUACGCCCAGAAGUUCAUCAGCGAGAUACAGCACGACCUCACGUACAAUCUGCGAGAGGGCCAUGGGGCAGAUGUGGACUGGGAGAGUAACGGCGGCCUGGUGAAGAAGCUGCCGUCGAUCCGUGAGGAUGAGGAGGGCGGCGAGGAGCAGAACUCGGUGUCUCGUGCCACUCGCUCGCCGCUGCGUCUCAGCAGGGGGCUCAGCUCGCCCCUGCGCUCCCCUCUCCUGCCCCCGAGGCCGUUCCGCGCUCCCUCCGACAACUCCCGCCCCACGACCCUGCAGAUACCGGUGGUCAGCUUCAGCAGCGUGCAGCCGGAACUCAGCCCAAGAUUCGUGGACGGGAUUGAAACGGAGAGCAACUCCACCUCAUCGCAGAAGUUUGAGUUCAGUCCCAGCAUGUCACCUGCAGCACCGCCCUCUCCUUCCCAAGGGAUGCGGGAGCACUCUGAGAUCAAGCAGAGUGUGUCUAAACUCACUGAGGAGGUGAGUGCUGACCGAUGAUGAUGAUGAUGAUGGUGAUGAUGCAUAAAAAAUGUCUGUCAAUAAAAAUACCUAUUUGUAUUUGGUGGAAAGUUAGGCAACAGGCUGAGAAAAAAAGAACAUAUUUUUGUCUAUGUAGCUCCACCAUGUGGCCAUUUAUCAAGCACUUUUCAUUGCGCUG